AAAUAUAUGUGGCGCCGCCUAUAAAUAAUACACAUUUUCUGGACGUUUUAAUAUUUUCAAGAAAAAUCAAGAUUAAAAGCUUAAUUAACGACCAUCUUAACAUAUUUAAUUUACUUUACUUUCGGGAAUAGUUGAAAACAUGAAUAUUUUACAUCAUAAAAGCUGGCACGUAAGAAAUAGGAAUAAUAUUGAAAGAGUGAAACGAGAUGAAGCUAAAGCAGCCGAAGAAGAGAAGGAAAAGGAAAGAAAAAGGUCUUUAGCCGAGCAAGAGGCAAGGACAAAUUAUUUGCGAAAUCAAGCUCGUUUACGUGGUUCUGAACCUGCUGCAACAUUAGUUCCGAAAGAAAGUCGACAUAUUAAUUUUUUUGCCGAAGCUGAAGCAGGUUUAAAAGGUAAGGAAGUGAACGAAGAACACGAAAAAGAAAAAAAGGAAGAAAAGGAAGCUUAUGAGAAGAAAAUUGGACUUUUGACUUAUAUUGGUCAAAGUGCUGUAGAAUCACAGACUACUAAACCUUGGUAUUUUAAUCCGAAGACACAAAAACGUACUAGAGAUUCUUCAUCUGAUUCGGAGGCAGAUGAGAAGCGCAAGGAUUUCUUGGAUCCAAUGAAAGCCGUUGAAAAGCAUGUUAAAACUUAUAAGAGAGAGAAGAAGAAGAAGAAAAAGAAAAAGCAUAAAAGAUCAUCACCAUCGCCACCGCCAUCAAAAAAAAAGAGUAUAGAAGAGCUUAGGGCCGAACGUUUGAGAAGAGAGGCUACUGAAAAACAAAAAGUUAAAAAACUCUUUGGAGAAUUAAGGGGUGAAAAACCUAAAGAUGAUAUAAUUAUGGACGAUCGAGAAAGAAGAUAUAAUUCUCAAUUCAAUCCUGACUUUGUUCGAAGACCAAAAAAGAGAUAUGAACCACAAUAUUAAGUUCAAUAAUAAUAUAAAAUGUGUAUAGAAUGAAUAAAUGUACAUAGAAUAAAAACUGUUGGGUUGGAAAUUGUGGUCGAAUUUUAUUAAAGUAUCAUCCUCUAAAAGAAAAUAAUUAUUAAAUUUACUAUUUGAAAGGUCUAUAAUUAUUUAAU